GGACGUACUAGUCUUCACCGAGCUUGCAUAGCUGGCCAUUUUGACGAGGCGCUUACUCUGAUGAAGAGCGGCUCUGAUGUCAAUGCAAAAGAUAAUGCUUCUUGGACACCAUUGCACGAAGCAUCUCUGAACGGAUACUUGGACAUUGUGAAAGCACUUUGCGAGCAUGGAGCUGAUAUCAACCCCAUGGGAUACGAUGGAUCAACGCCUUUACACGAAGCCAGCGAAAACGGUCAUAGCAAAAUUGUUCGAUACCUUUUGGAAAUGAAUGCCGAUAAGAACAUACAAAAUAAGAAGGGCCAAACUGCAGUUCAAGUUUGC